AACCGUGAGAAGAUGACCCAAAUCAUGUUCGAAACCUUCAACAGCCCCGCCAUGUACGUCGCCAUUCAGGCCGUGCUCUCCCUGUACGCUUCCGGUCGUACCACCGGUAUCGUCUUGGACUCUGGCGAUGGUGUCUCCCACACCGUACCCAUCUACGAAGGUUACGCUCUUCCCCAUGCCAUCCUCCGUCUGGACUUGGCCGGCCGCGACUUGACCGACUACCUCAUGAAGAUCCUCACCGAGAGAGGCUACAGCUUCACCACCACGGCCGAGCGUGAAAUCGUCCGCGACAUCAAGGAGAAACUCUGCUACGUCGCCCUGGACUUCGAACAGGAAAUGGCCACCGCGGCCGCCAGCACCUCCCUCGAGAAGAGCUACGAGUUGCCCGAUGGACAGGUCAUCACCAUCGGUAACGAGAGGUUCCGUUGCCCCGAAGCUCUCUUCCAACCGUCCUUCUUGGGUAUGGAAUCCUGCGGUAUCCACGAGACCGUGUACAACUCCAUCAUGAAGUGCGACGUCGACAUCCGUAAGGACCUCUACGCCAACAACGUUCUGUCCGGUGGUACCACCAUGUACCCCGGUAUCGCUGACCGUAUGCAGAAGGAAAUCACCGCCCUCGCCCCGUCGACCAUCAAGAUCAAGAUCAUCGCUCCCCCCGAGAGGAAGUACUCCGUAUGGAUCGGUGGAUCCAUCCUGGCCUCUCUGUCCACCUUCCAACAGAUGUGGAUCUCCAAGCAGGAGUACGACGAAUCAGGCCCCGGCAUUGUCCACCGCAAGUGCUUCUAAGCACAUCGUCGAGGGAUCAUCGACGUCGCACGAACACCGAACAAACAUCACUCGAUCUCAAGGGAACCGAGCGUACCAUCAGUUGGUUUCCCUUGCGCGAAACGUCAUGCUGCAAUAAAGGAGCGUUGUUGGAAUAUCACCGAAUCCGGAUCAUCAUCAGAUCUCAUCGAAUAUUCAUCGUCGUGGUCAUGCCCGUCGUUGCGCAAGAAGCGACGGUGUGGCUGAUCGCAUAUCGUUGAUCCGAAUAGCCCUUUGACGGGUAAUGAGGAUCGCUUUCAUCUGUCACUUCAUCACGAUCGAGGAAGUCGGCGAAGGUGUUGGUUCUCGUUACAGAGCUCGCUCGUGGAUGGCCGUGUCUUGUUGUGUAUCGUUAGCGGGCCUCGUUAUCGAUACGGCUACCAAAUGCACCUUUCGACCGUGAAAGGGACACUCUGGACCGACGCGGAGGGAAACAGGAUCUUCGACGGGAUUGGACCAACUUCGAGGAAAGCUGCGCUUAUUUCACUGUCACGCGAGACACCCGCACCUCCGAUAAAUUUCUUAAUCUUUCUAUACUUAGCCUGCUAAUCGAAGCAAUGUUACCAUCGAUACACUUCUAUCUUAAUUUAUUUUGUAAAUAUUAUACACUAUAUUGCUAUAUUGUUAUACGAUAUCAAACUGAAAUUAAAUAUACAUUGUCUCAUACCAUUA